UUCCUUAAUUAAUAAAGGAUCUUCGACAAAUUUCUCCUACACAAUCCAGUUUUGCUGCGAUUUUUCUUUCUCAUUAUGACAUCCUCUCCACUUCUUUCAACAAUGGCCAAGAGGUUGGAGGGAAUUAAAGUAGCAUUGAUAAGUGGAGGAGCCAGUGGCAUCGGCGAAGGAAUUUCCAAGCUGUUCUGUGAGCACGGCGCCAAAGUCGCCAUUGCUGACGUCCAAGAUGAAAUCGGCCAGUUACUGAGCUCCACACUAUGCAACUCCACUUAUAUUCAUUGUGAUGUUACAAACGAAGAGGAUGUCCAAAAUGCUGUCAACAAAACUGUGUCUGAUUUCGGAAAACUUGACGUUAUGAUCUGCAGUGCUGGCAUAGGUGGCGAGAAUAAACCCCGAAUUAUCGACAAUGACAAGGCGGAUUUUGAGCGAGUUGUUAGCAUCAACUUGACCGGAGUAUUCCUGUGCAUGAAGCAUGCCGCAAGAGUCAUGGUCCCAGCAAAACAGGGCUACAUCAUUUCCAUGGAAAGCGUAAGCUCUGUAGUUGGUGCAGUGGUUCCCGAUGCUUAUACCAGCGCCAAACACGCCGUGUUAGGUCUCACAAAAAACUUGUCAGUUGAAUUCGGCCAAUUCGGAAUACGGGUCAAUUGCUUGUCUCCUUAUGCUUUGGUUACGCCUUUGGCCACAAAAUUUAUUGGAAUACUUGAUCCUGAGAAAUUUGAAAAUACCACGCAUAUGGCUGGGAAUCUUAAAGGAGUAACGCUUAGAGAGGAUGAUGUUGCAAAAGCUGCUCUUUUCUUGGCAAGUGAUGAUGCUAAAUAUUUAAGUGGCCAUAAUCUCUUAAUUGAUGGCGGAUUUGGCGUCUUUAAUCCUUCUCUUGGGAUGUUUAAAUAUCCAGAAUCAACUUGA